AUGUUUUGCUAUGGAUUCAUUGUCAAAAUUAAUAGUAUCAUUAUCCAUGGUAUUACCUACUCAUCUCUGAUACGUAGUAUGAAACACUACAUUGAGUAUCAGUAUCAAGCCAUAGGUUAUGGGCUACUAAUAGUGACUAUGAGCAAGCCCACAAUUCACGACCUAUAUAGGUCUGUUAUUGCAAAAAAUGUUGAUCACAAUAACGGAAAUAUCAAACAUAUGAAAUCAUCAGAAUUCACAGGGGAUUCUGAUGAUUACAAUGCCCAUCAAGAUACAGACAAUGAAUCUCCGACGACUAGUGUGGAUAAAUUACAGUUAAAUUGUAUAAAAUUAUACUUGUGGGACUUUAAACAGUGUGACUCUAAGAAAUGUACCGGAAGGAAGCUAUUAAGACUGGGCAUAGUCCAUCCAUUGAAGCUAAAUUCUACAUUCCAUGGCAUAGUAUUGUCGCCCAGUGCCAAAACUGUUAUAAUGCCCAAAGAUAUUCAAACAGCCUCCCGCGGUUUGGCAGCAAUCGAUUGUUCCUGGAAUCAACUGGACAAGGUACCCUUCAAGAAGCUAAAAACAAAAAACUUUAGAUUACUACCCAAACUAAUAGCAUCAAAUCCAACCCAUUACGGUAAACCAUUCGAACUUUCAUGUAUUGAAGCAUAUGUAGCUGCUCUGGUUAUUUUAGGUUUAAAUGAGCAAGCAAAACGUCUAGUAUCAAUUUAUGACUGGUUACCAAAUUUUCUGCAGUUGAAUAAUGAAGUCUUAAAUGUAACAUUCAUGCACGAAGGUUAA